AAAGGUAAACUUUGGAACGGUCCUUGAAACACUUCCAGAAUUGGGCACUCUUUGCACCUCACACCUGUCUAUAUAUUUAUUCUCAGAUCCAAGCGUUCCCUCGCUUUCUGGUCCACAUUCGAACAAGCUUCCUCAUUUCAAGGACAUUAGAAGGUUUUAGUUGGCAAUUAUGGGGACUGCUGUUGAUGCCGCAAACAAGGUGGUAAAUGAAAGCUUGCUAAGUGAAAAGAAGGUUACUGUUAUUUUUGUCUUGGGCGGCCCGGGCAGUGGAAAGGGAACUCAGUGUGCAAAUAUUGUGGAAAAUUAUGGGUACACCCAUUUGAGUGCUGGUGAUCUUCUCCGAGCAGAAAUAAAAUCUGGUUCUGAAAAUGGGACCAUGAUUCAGAACAUGAUCAAAGAGGGAAAAAUCGUACCAUCGGAGGUAACAAUUGAGCUUCUUCAACGGGCAAUACAGGAAAAUGGUAAGGACAAGUUUCUCAUUGAUGGCUUCCCUCGUAAUGAAGAAAACCGGGCAGCAUUUGAGUCUGUUACUGGUAUCGUGCCAGAGUUCGUACUGUUUUUUGAUUGUCCAGAAGAAGAGAUGGAGAGGCGCCUUUUGAGUCGGAACCAGGGAAGAGAUGAUGAUAACAUUGAAACAAUCCGAAAGCGGUUUAAUGUUUACAUGGAAUCUAGUCUCCCUGUGAUUGAGUAUUACAAUGCUAAGGGGAAGGUUAGAAAGAUUGAUGCAGCAAAGCCUGUUGAAGAGGUUUUUGAAGAUGUGAAAUCGGUUUUCAUUCCAUUGCACGAAAAGGCUGAGUAGGUGUUGCAACAAACGGAGAGAGAUCUAUUUUGAGGUGGUUUAUUCUUUUGGUCGCAUAUUAUAAUACCUUUCUUCCGGGAGCUUAUGAGCACUGUCUCUGGUUCCAUGUUAUCAUAUCCCUUGUUGAACUUUAUUAUUUUGGUAAACAUAAGGUUAUUAUACGUGAGAGGCUUUUCCCUCCACAGUCUUGUUGUCGUGAUUGCAUUCAAAUAAGAGAUUGAUACUCGUAUUACCAA